CGUCGGCCCCGCAGCUGCUCAGAUGGGAUCGAAAGUGAAAGUGGCGGGAAAGGGGGGGGCCCCCGAGGCUGGGACCUCCUUCCCUCAUCCCGCUGGGUCCCCUUCCGGACGCCCUACAAGUUGACCCUCUGCCUGCUGUUAUUCGUGAUCCUCAUCAGCUCCAUCUACCUAAGCAACUGGAUCGCCACCACGGAGUGGGGCUUCCCCACCCCAAACGCCACGGAGCAGGGCGUGUGGACUGUGAACCCCAAAGGGCGGCUGGGGAACCAGAUGGGGGAAUACGCCACCCUCUACGCCCUGGCCAAGAUGAACGGGCGCCAGGCCUACAUCCUCCCGAAGAUGUACCAGCAUCUGGCACCGGUCUUCCGCAUCAGCCUGCCCAUGAUCUCCAGAUCCAGGGCUUGGAGGAUCCCGUGGAAGGACUAUGAGCUCCACGACUGGAUGUCGGAGGAGUACAGGCACAUCGAGGGGAAAUACGUCCGGCUGACGGGCUACCCCUGCUCCUGGACCUUCUGCCACCACCUCCGGCAGGAGAUCCUCCAGGCAUUCUCCUUCCACGACCACGUCAAGGAGGAGGCCAACCGGUACCUGGCCGGGCUGCGUGGGCAGCGCCGGAAUGUGACCUACGUGGGUGUCCACGUCCGGAGGGGGGACUACGUCCGGGUGAUGGACGAGCGCUGGAAGGGGGUGGUGGCGGACAAGGCCUACCUGGAGAAGGCCAUGGGCUACUUCCGGGCCAAGUACCAGGAGCCGGUCUUUGUGGUGACCAGCAAUGGGAUGGAGUGGUGCCGGGAGAACAUCGACACCUCGCGGGGAGACGUGUAUUUCUCGGGGGAUGGGAAGGAAUCCUCGCAUGGGAGAGAUUUCGCUCUCUUGGCUCAUUGCAACCACACAAUCAUGACCAUCGGGAGCUUCGGCAUCUGGAUCGGCUACCUGGCUGGGGGGGAAACCGUCUACUUGGCCAACUACACCCUCCCCGACUCCCCCUUCCUCGAGAUCUUCAAGCCUGCAGCCACUUUCCUGCCUGAGUGGAUCGGGAUCAACGCCGAUCUCUCCCCGCUGCGGAGUGGGAUGACUGGCUAAAGGAGCUCAUCCGAUGGCCACGGGAUCCACCUGCCAGGACUCGCCCGGUCGGCCAAGGAGCGGGCACCUGGGAACCCUGGCUGGUUCGGGCUGCGCUGGGGAGAUCGGGGGAGAUUGGAGCUGGGCUGGUGGGGUUCAGAGCCCCAUUGUGACGGAGCAGGGGGUGGGGCGGAUUGACCUGGGGAUGUCGCAGGGGAGUUUCACUGGGACUGUCUGCAUGGGGGAUGGGAUACCAGUGGGUGGCUUCACUUGAGGGACAAUACCUGAGCCGGGAGGGGGGCUGGGGCCAGGUGACACCUUUGCCCGGGAAGCUGGACAAAGGCUGGAGGAGGAGCCGGGGGAGGCUGGGGGAGUCGGCUGGAGGGGGUUGAGUUGGGAAUGGACUGGGAAACGGAGGGAGCCCCAAGGCUGGGGUCUAAGCUCCCUGCCCCCCCCCACCGAGGGACCUGACUGAGGGGUCCUGUUUGUACCUACAAGCUCUGUUUGGGGCCGUGUUCCUAUCAUUUAACAAACCUUCCGUUUUACUGGCUGGCUGAGAGUCGCGGGGAAUCGCAGGAAGAGGGGUGCAGGGCCCCGACUCCCCCACACUCUGUGACACCCAUACGAAGCAGCCAAUGGCCUACAUCCAACAAUUUCUCAUAGGAGUGUCCAGAGUGAUGGGACCAUCUAUGUCUGUUGAAUGGUUAGAGUGGAGGGGAGUGGGGGCUGAGAGCCAGGACUCCUGGGUUCGAGUCCAGCUUCGGGAGGUGAGUGGGGUCUGUGAGGGGUCACCUCCCCCCCCUCCAGGGUGCCACCUGAGGUACUGGGGUACCACUGAGCCUGCCUGUUGCAAAAGCCUGGGCUUCCUUACACUGUCCUGCUGAGCCAGGCCCUCAAGCCUCCUCCAGCACACACACAGGUAGGGACACACCCAACUGCAGAAAGACAGACACUGAGAUUAACUCUGUGUGGGAAGGCUUCACUCGGGAAUAGCCCAGCACUCCAGUGCACCCCCCCAUCCCGGGGCACAAACCCAAAAUUGUGUUGUCUUGCCCUGCAUAGAGAAAAGUACAGCGCAAGCUCAUGAAAUUCGCCCCCUCCCUCAAUGGGGAGGAAGAUCUGCACAGCGUUUUGCCCCCCAGUUAUGAAUUCCACAAAUUCAUUUUAGAGACAACAAAAACAAGCUUAUUAGCUAGAAAAGAUAGAUUUUACGUGAUCAUAAGGGAUAGCCAACAGAUCAAAGCAGAUCACCCAGCAAAUAAAACCACCACGCAAUAUAAGCUUAGAUACCAAGGAACCUGGUUACAAGCAGUAAUUUCUCCCGUUAAAUGUUGUCUUAGACAGAUUGCAGAGGUUCUUGAAGGCAGACUGCUCUUGCUUGCAGCUUAAAACUCCAGGUAUUCCUGUCACGGGCCAGACCCCUUCCCAGCCUGGGCUCAGCCCUUUGUCACCCCCCAUCCCCCUUGGUCUUUGUUUCUUAGAUGUUCUCAGCAGUCAGCCUGGGCGGGGAUUCAGUGAAGAAUGAACCAAGAUUAACUCACUCCCCUGCCUUAAAUAGGAUUUACAUAUGUGGGGAAAUCCUUUGUUUUCCAGUGUCGUUCCCCCCCCCCCCCCCCCCCGGCAGUGGAAAGAUACUGGUAUUCCAUCAUAGAGGCCAGAACUGGUUGAGGGGGGGGAACGGGAUCACAUGAUCAAAGCAGCCAUGAGCCAGAGGUCGUUGGUCCCAUCCCAGGCAGGUGGGAGAUGCACAUCUUCAAAGACGUAUUGUUCUUCCUAAGGGCCCAGCCGGACUGAUGGCCUGGCGGGCGUUCCCCAGGUGGAAACCCACUGAUCAUUGUUACAGAGUCGAUAUUCCUAACUUCAGCUACAGGCAUGGGACGUGCAUACAAAGAGGGUGAUCACACUCAGCCAAUCAUCACUCUCAGCAAGUUCGCAGAUGACUCUGAACUGGGAGAAGAGGUAGAUACGCUGGAGGGUAGGGCUAGGAAUCAGAGGGACCUAGACAAAUUGGAGGCUUGGGCCAAAAAAAAUCUGAUGAGGUUCAACAAGGACAAGUGCAGAGUCCUGCACUUAGGACAGAAGAACCCAAUGCACCGCUACAGACUAGGGACCGAAUGGCUAGGCAGCAGUUCUGCGGAAAAGGACCUAGGGGUGACAGUGGACGAGAAGCUGGAUAUGAGUCAGCAGGGUGCCCUUGUUGCCAAGAAGGCCAAUGGCAUUUUGGGAUGUAUAAGUAGGGGCAUAGCGAGCAGAUCGAGGGAUGUGAUCGUUCCCCUCUAUUCGACAUUGGUGAGGCCUCAUCUGGAGUACUGUGUCCAGUUUUGGGCCCCACACUUCAAGAAGGCUGUGGAUAAAUUGGAGAGAGUCCAGCGAAGGGCAACAAAAAUGAUGAGGGGUCUGGAACACAUGAGUUAUGAGGAGAGGCUGAGGGAGCUGGGAUUGUUUAGCCUGCAGAAGAGAAGAAUGAGGGGGGAUUUGAUAGCUGCUUUCAACUACCUGAGAGGGGGUUCCAAAGAGGAUGGCUCUAGACUGUUCUCAAUGGUAGGAGAUGACAGAACGAGGAGUAAUGGUCUCAAGUUGCAGUAGGGGAGGUUUAGGUUGGAUAUUAGGAAAAACUUUUUCACUAGGAGGGUGGCGAAACACUGGAAUGCGUUACCUAGGGAGGUGGUGGAAUCUCCUCCCUUACAUAUUUUUAAGGUCAGGCUUGACAAAGCCCUGGCUGGGAGGAUUUAUUUGGGGUUGGUCCUGCUUUGAGCAGGGGGGUUGGACUAGAUACUUCCUGAGGUCCCUUCCAACCCUGAUCUUCUAUGAUUCUAUGAUCACCUGUCUAACGAUACCUCACACGCCUCAGCUUGCACAAAAGAUACCAGAGUGAUGCUAUAAUUAUACUGACAGGGUUCAGAGCAGCAGCCGUGUUCGUCUGUGUCUGC